UCAAAGAAAACCCUUUUAGUUCAUUCAUGGCUUCUCUUCUCUACACUACCUUUACUGUAUUAAUGGCUAUCCUCUCAUCCUCGAUUGUAUGCUUCGCUUUUCCAGGGUUCAGCUUUGGAUGGGGUGGUGGAGCUGGUGGGGACGGUGAUGGGUCUUUUGGCAAUGGCCAAGGGUAUCCUGGUCUUUUCCCCGAAUUCUACAGUUUCUCAUGUCCUCAAGCUAAUGACAUUGUCAUGUCCGUUCUUGAGAGGGUCAUUGCAAAAGAGCCAAGAAUGGCUGCUUCUUUACUAAGACUUCACUUCCAUGACUGCUUUGUUCAGGGAUGUGAUGCGUCUGUCUUGUUGGAUGAUAAUGUAAUGUUUGCAAGCGAAAAAAACUCUGGGCCUAAUAGCAAUUCAAUUAGAGGAUUCGAAGUGAUCGAUGAGAUCAAGUCUAAACUGGAAGAAGCAUGUCCUCAGACAGUUUCUUGUGCUGACAUUCUUGCCCUUGCUGCUCGAGGUUCCACUGUUUUAAGUGGUGGACCUAACUGGGAACUCCCGUUAGGAAGGAGGGAUGCAACACAAGCAAGUCUCAGUGCCUCAAACAAGAACCUUCCUCCACCAAACUCCACCAUUCAAAACCUUAUAAAACUUUUCCGGCGACAAGGGCUUAAUGAAGUUGACCUGGUCUCGCUUUCUGGAGCCCAUACCAUAGGAAUGGCUAGAUGCAGUGCAUUUAAGCAAAGGCUAUACAAUCAAGAUGGAAACGAUCAACCAGAUUCAACCCUAGAGAUAACCUACUCCAAUGGUUUGAAAACAGUUUGCCCAAAAACUGGCGGUGAUAACAACAUUUCUCCUCUAGAUUUUGCAUCUCCUUCAACAUUUGAUAAUACAUAUUUUAAGCUCAUUAUGUUUGGAAAAGGACUUCUAACUUCCGAUCAAGUGCUUCUGGCUGGAAAUGUUGAAGAAACUAUGCUUCUGGUGAAGGCAUAUGCGGAGGAUUAUGCUCUCUUCUUUGACCAGUUUGCUAGAUCUAUGGUUAAAAUGGGAAACAUUAAUCCACUCACUGGUUAUCAGGGCGAAGUGAGGAAGAACUGCCGAAUGCCCAACUAAUUAUAUGAUUUAUAUCUAUAUAACUAUUCGUAGUAUGAAUUCAUGAGCUGUAUGAUAUGGGUUUAUGUAAGUUGCUUAUUUUCUUGUAAUGCUUGAAGCCCUAGAUUCUAAUGAACUGAUAU